UUUCGUUACUUUCCACCUCUGGCAUUCAGCCUUACUGUAUGUACUGUACAUGAAAGGAAAAGGCCACCAGUCAAUUUGGUCCAUGAAAACGAUGUGCUCUCUUCAGUGUUCCGUGGACACAAAGCAAACCAAUUUGUGUAUUCCGUGGACAAAAGGCGUUACGAUGUAACGUGGUUUCGUAAUGAAUAUAUGUAUUUCGUCACACAAAAGUCAUUCUGUCCACGAAAUAAGGCAUGUUUUGGCGCCCCUAAACUUCCUGUUUAGCUUUGGUAUUGGUGUGUGUGUGUGUGUGUGUGUGUAUUUAAGAGAUUGCAGAGACUGUUGCUAUCAGAGCACCUUGAAGAAUCCACACAUUGAAAGAAGUUCCUGUUGUGCCAUCAGUGCAGGGUAGGUUUUUCAACACAAGAAGUCUACCUGAGCUUUUCUCAGAAGAGCUUUAGACGCCUGUUCAGAAGGAAGUUCAUCUAGAGUUUAAUUCUCUGUUUAAGUCAUUCUUUUUAACAGAAUGGCCAAGCACAUAGAAGUUCUCUACACCGUGCUUGAGGUCCUGAUCGCUGUGGCAUGUUGCCUUGGUAACCUGCUGGUCAUCUGGGCAGUGUGGGCGUGUGGUGCCAUGCGGCGGCAGCCCACCUUCUGCUUCAUCGUCUCUCUGGCUGUUGCCGACUUCCUGGUGGGGGCUGUGGCGGUACCUAUGGCGGUUCUGGUGGACGGACGGGUCAGAACCUCCUUCUAUGGCUGUGUGACCCUGUGUUCUGUGGUGGUCAUUUUGCCCCUAGCCUCAAUUCAUUCACUGAUGGCCAUUGCUCUGGACAGGUUCCUACGUGUCUACAUCCCUCACCGAUACAAGGGAGUUGUGACACAAUUUCACUCCUGGUCUAUUGUGGGAGUUUGCUGGUUCUCUGCUGGUAUAUUGGGCUUCAUUCCUAUGUUUGGUUGGUAUCGCCAUGAUACUCUUGAAUACAUGGAAGCAUCCAACUCGACAACCAUCACUUGUACAUUUCUGGCGGUGAUUCCAAUGCCAUACAUAGUCAACUUUAUUUUUUUGACCUGCUUACUCCCACCUAUGCUGCUUAUGAUGGUGUUGUACUUCUAUAUAUUUAGAAGGAUCCACCAACAGUUGAGAGGCCAUGGACUGGGCGGCAGUGAGUCUCGGUCUCGUUCCUACUACCAGAAGGAACGGAAACUCACCCGGUCCCUCGCUGUCAUUCUGGCACUCUUUGCUGUUUCCUGGCUACCUCUGCAUUUCAUGAACAUCACCUCCUUCUACGGUACUCUAGUUCCUCACCAGGCCUUCUAUGUCGGCAUCCUCCUCUCUCAUGCAAACUCAGCUGUUAACCCAGUCGUGUAUGCUUGGAAGAUCCGCAAGAUCAAGUCUGCUUUUAAGAUGUUGUGGAGCAGAUACCUUCUAUGCAUGGAGUACCAAGAGACCCCAGGGGGCAGUCAGGUGACCAACAGCACCAGCACCACCAGGAAUUAGCAGCACAUCAAGGUCUAGUGGUCUGAAAUGCUGGCUAUAUUUGAUAUGAAGAGUUUGGUUCCAAAACCCUAUCUCUCCAUUUUUAAAAACAGUAAUUCAUGUUAUUUAAUUGUGUAUUUCAGGUAAUAUCAAUACAAUUGCAGUUGUGUGAUUGAGUAAAGAUAAAUAAAAUAAGAAUAACCUAACCCAAUUACAGUUCCACUGAAAAAAUCUGGAAUACAAAAUAAUAUAAUUAAAAAAAAAGGCAUUUAUGAAAAUGCAUUAAAAUGGAGGAUAUAGCGUUUUGGAAACAAACUCUUCAUAUGGACUUAUAUAUAUCAGAUUGCAUCAGAGACACACACUGACUAAUACAGUGUGAAAUGCUACAAUAGAUUUUAAUUCAAUACUGCUUAAAUACCAUACAGUCUCGUUCUAUAGAAUGCAUCUUUGUGAAAUAGCCUUGACUAGAGUUCAGGGUAAAUCAUCCACCUUGUGAUAAACUCUAUGCAGUUCCACCUCCCUGCCAACAGAGGUCAGCCUGUCAUAACUCUUAAGAUAAUUUUGUGGUGCCUGUAAUUUGUUAGCCCCCUCUUUUGGUGAACUGAAUAUUUAACAACCACACUUUCUGUCAACUAUGGGCAGCUGGCAGGAAACAGAGAGCCUGAUGAAAUCUACAGUUUGGGAUGACUAUCUGAAUAGCCCCAGAUGAACAUUAGUCAAAGUUGCCAGAAAUGUUUCUCAGUUUAUUGUGUGUCCUAAUGUAUGCUGCAUUUCAUAAGGUCAAAUAAUAUUUGAUGUGUUCUCAUACUUUUUGUAUUGGUACAUGUUUUACAGGAUGUAUGUAGGAUUAUAGUUUCAUAAUAAAACAUAAGUGUGUGAAAAGUA